CCUGCAAAUAAGCACCUCCCCCUCCACACUCAAGUAGCAUGGCACCCAGAGGAAAACACGUCCAACGAGCAUCUCCGCUGAAAGCCCGUAAAAAAGCGCCCGUUAAAAAAGGCAAAAAAGCGCCGCCAAUGGGUACCAAGGUCGAAGUCGGAGAUACCGCGGAGGCUAUCGAAAAGGUCAAGGAUGAGAAAGAUGACGAGGAAGUCCCUGAUAUCGAUUGGACAGAUACUUUGACGUGGUCCCUCGUUAGCGCUGUGACAUCUGAUGACACCAUCCGAAAAGGAUUGUACCCUGAACCAGGUGCGAAUGCAUCGACGAAAAACGGAGGAGGCGCAAAGAAAACAGAACACCACUGGGCACUCUGCAAGGUUCUGUUUGAUGGCCAUGCGGAGUAUGGCAGUGCAUUCGAAAUUGCACUUGGCAACCUGAAAGAAAAAGGCCUGCGACAAGCAUGGGUUCGAAAGAUCAAAAACCGAAUGCAGAUGUACGCCAUCGUUUGCUUAGAACGAAAAACCCUUGUCUAUGUCAAGGAGAUGGGAACAACAGGAGCUGGCAUUGAGCGUGAGGAAGAUAUCGACAUGAGUCAGGUGAACAACUUUACCACAAGAUGGGCACAAAUUAAAGAAGAAUUUCCGUGGUUCUUCGAGAUGCGUGCUCUUGUCGCCAAUCGUCCUAGUCGGAUUCCUACCGGUGUUGGUAAUGCAGAUUCGGCUGCCGACUUUUCAAUUUUGUUACCGAAUGAUGGCGAAGAAUUUUCCGAGUCGCUGAAGCCUGAUGGAGAUGCUUCUGUGGCUAGUGGCGAGGACACGAAACCCCCAAAACACCAGCGGUCAACAAAGAUCGAAGAUCUCGCUGACGAAGAUUGCAAGCCUGCGAAGAAGUUAAAGGUUACAACGAGCACCAAACCAUCCAAGACGAAAUCAUUCCUAGACAGGUAUGCCGAAGUGGCUGAGCAAGAAGAGCUGACUGCACAGAAACGGGCUGAUGCACUCACAGCCAAGGCAUCACUUGCUGUUGUCAAAGCAAAAGCCAAGGCCCAGAUCAAGCUGGAGAAGGAGAGACGCGAGACGGAGAAGGAGAGGAGGAAGACUGAGUAUGCAUUGAGGAAGCUCGAGCUCGAGCAUCAAUUUCGAAUGGCUCAAUUGCCUCGCAUUGACCAGGCUGGCCCUUCACAAGCACACUAUCGAACAAAUGAUUUCCUCUCCGAUGAUGAUCCAUAUGGACUUCCAAUUCUCCCGCAACCAGAGAACUCUGAGGGGGGAAGUUCAACUAGCUACCAUUACUAA